UGAGUACAACCGCGGGGGGCGGAAGCAGGCAAGCUGCACGCAGCCUUUCUCAUAGUUUGUUUUGUCCCGUUGUGAGGACCUAACAGAGCGGCGAGCUUGACCAGUUUCCCAAAGCAAGCGACUCCUCCGGUCUCCCACCUCUGCAGCUGCCCCCCAACAGCCCAGCUGCAGCUUCCAUUCCUGGCUAACCACCACCAACCCAAAGCAGCUGCUGCGGCACUUUGGUCACGUGCCCACUGCACACCUGACACCAACAUGGCCGCCAUGUCACGCCACCACCACGACCCGCUUCUUGUCUUGUCUUCUCUUCUCUCUUCCCUGCCAAGACAAAGAUCAAACGAACCCACGCGUCCCCUUCCCUCUCGUGUCGUGCAGAAGCAGAAACCCACCCGUCGUUCCGCCAUGGCUGGAGAAGGAGGAGGACGGCUUCCGCUCGACCUGUCCCUGGCCACCGCGGGGCCGUCGGCUGGCGAGCGGCGGCCGAGGGCGCGGCCGAACCGGCGCACCCUGUCCUCGCUCUAUGCUGAGCUGGGCGCGAUGCUCCCCAACCUCCCCAUCGACCGGCCGGCGAGCAAGGAGGAGAUCGUGGACGCCGCGGCGGCGCGCGUGAAGGUCCUGGAGGACACGGUGGCCGUGCUGGAGACGUACCACUCGGUGCGCAGCCCCCUCCACGGGGCCGGCGCCGGCGCCGGCGCCGCUGCUGCCCGGCGGCCCGAGGUGUCCGUGGCCGUCGGCGCGGUGUGCUUCUGCGCGCGGCUGCCGGCGCGGAGCCCCGGCUCGCUGACGCGCGUGCUGGAGGCGUUCCACCGCCGCGGGGUGGAGGUCCUCGUGGCCACGGUGGGGCCUCACGGCCACGGCGGCGCCGCCGUGGUCACGGUCACCGCUGCCGCCGCGCCGCCCGAGGUCCUGCAGAUGAUCAGGGCCGACAUCACCGGCAUCUGCUGAUCCAUGGGUAAUCAAUGGCUUCUGCUGCUCGCGGCGAUUGCACCUUUUGCUACCUCUCAUCCGACGGCCAUGGCCUCCAACUUUUUUUUUGGUACGAAAUCAGCUAGAUAGGUGAAAUGGCUAGUGCUGUAAUAACACCGGCAAAAGCAGACAUUUCCGAUUCUGUAGCUUCAAUCUGCGGCGCCAGCGUUAUCCAACGAUAGAGAUGUUCUUGUUUCCGUAUCUUUUGGCAUCUUUUAUUUGCAUUUAACGAAAUGCAAUGUGUCAGGUUGAUAUUAGCAAGGAUUUUGAACUCC